UUGACACAUCAACGCUAAUUUCAUUUGAAAACCCUUGUUUGUUUAGUUCUUUUGGUUCUUGCUGAAAAUUUAGUCUUACUACUAUAGUUAGUACAUGAUGCAUAGUGAAAAGUCAGUGCAUAGGUUGAUCUUACGGUUGGCCAGAAGGUACUCCAAACUCUUAGUUCUAGUGGCUGCAUUAUUCGCCAUUUUCCUCACUAUAUCAGCCCUGAAUAGACAUAUAACAUCAUACUUACCGAAUACCUUGUCCAAGGGCGAUAACGUCAACCAACUCAACCACAAGAUUAAACCCGAAGAUGAAGUAAAGUUGAAGCAUUUGGCGUCAUACGACAAGAGCAAAUCCUUCCCCUUAGCCCAAGGGUUAAUCGACUCCCCUUUCAAGACCGUUUCGUUAAAGACCUUCACCGACCCCUUCCCGUAUAUCAACGACAAACCUCGAGACUACGUGUUUAACGAAGCCAACAUGUGCAGAAACAUCCUUUUUGAAGAUUCGUUUGAGGUCUCCGAACAAAGCUACUUGAAUGCCAACCAUGAAAUCUUCAUGAAUGAAUUAAACAAGAAUGUUGAAUUUGUCAAUAUCCUCAAGCAAGCCAAGGAUAAGUUCAAGCCAACCAUCCCCGAAGAAAAGCAAUGGCUUAGGUUCGCCGGCUCUUCGGUCUGGUUGCCCCAGUUCAACUGCCAUUACAUGGUCAGUAGAGUCUUGUGGACUCCUACUGGUAUUCCCAACAAGGCCUUUGCCAGUUUUCUUUACAUUCAAUUAUUCGACACAAACUGGCAAGAAAUUCCCACAAUGUCUUUGGAGGUUCCCUUUGAAGAACAGGUAUUAAAGAAAGGUCUCAGAAGCGACGGAACCUUUGACGAAAUGAUCAUGUCCAAGAUUUUGAAUUUUAGAGAACAAACCUUCCCUUAUAUUUUACCAAUUUCAUUUGACUAUCAAUUAGAUGUUCCCAACGGGAAAUAUUAUUACGGACCAGAAGACCCCCGUGUCGUUUUGCGUGCCAACCCCUUAGGAUUCGAUGAGCCUUUGAUUGUCUUCAACAUGAAGGAUUUGAAAUUGGUCAAGCGUGUCAUGCAUACCUACUUGCCAUUUUCCAACAAGAUGCAAGUGUUGCGUAAGCGUACGGAAAAAUACGCAAAUAUUGAAAAGAAUUGGACUCCAUUCAUUAGUAAAAUCAAGUCGGUCAACGACAACCAACAAGAACCAGGGGAUUUGAAAUUAAACUUCAUCUACUCAAUCAUGCCUCUUGAAGUAUUGGUUUGUGAAAUCGACACUGCAGUUUGUGAUUUCCUUCAAAAACCAGAAAAGGAUGAUUACGAUUUUGUUGGUCCUUUAAGAGGAGGUACCCAAUUGGUUCCAUUGCCAUUGUCAGAUAUUUUACCAGCCAGUAUCAAGGAAAAGUUUACAUUACCUGAUAACCGUCAAAUAUACUUGGGUUGGGCCCGUGCCCAUCUUAAUGCUUGUGGGUGUGGUGAAUCAAUGUAUCGUCCAAACAUGAUCAUCUUGGUUGAAGAUUACGAUGCCACCAACGACAAGUUCUUUUAUAAAUUAGGAGAUGUUUCUGAAUAUUUUGAUUUUGCAGCCACAGUCCCACCUUGGGUCACUCCAAAACUCGACGAUCAAGGUAAUUUAAUCGAAGAAGAAUAUCCAAAGCAGUGUGAAGGUAGAAACGUGCUUAUUCCAAACUCGAUUGCCUACUGGGACAUCGCCGGGAUUAUCAAGGAUAACAUCUUGUACCCUAGAAAAUUCUUCCAUAGAAUUCCAACCGAUGAAGAAAUCGCGGAUAAAAAAGCUGCCAAGGUUAUGAAGCAAAAGGCUGGUAGUUUCAAGAGAUCAAAUAUUUUCGGAGAUGUCAUUAUAAAUGAUUAUAUGGGGGUCACUCUUUCCGCAGCCGAUUCUGAUGUUAGUAUAGUCCAUGUCAAGGGGUUGUUGAAUUAUAUUUUGAAAUUGCCUUCAUUGUUUGAAGACUCUUCUGUCAUUGAUAAUGAUUCAAUUUUCCAACAGCGAGGGUAUGAUUAUAACAACAAGUGUGCCAUGCAAGCCAGUGAUGAUUAUUGUAAAGCAUACGGUCAGAAAUUUAGUAGUUAAGGAAGUAAUAGAAUAAUACACACACCGCAUAUAACUCCGUCACACCGUUUACAGGUAUCAACAGCCGCGCUAUCUAGUCGCAUGCCACAUACCCACAUACCCACACUUGGACUGUGUAGGCUUAGUUUCUAGUAUUUGCCUUAGCUUUUCUAUGCAACACCCCCUUCCACACCCAAACGCGUGAAAAAUGUUACCCUAUUAGGUGAUUGCGUAGUAAAAUCUUACAUAGAUGUGCCGCAUCUACCCGAGCGGUUAUCUAACACAAUCCAUCGAAUGACACGGCAAAAGAUUGGGCUUUGACAGAUACGUGCACACCCGAGAUCUAUUUUUUACCACUCCGAGGAAAAAAUUUUCACUGGUAAAGUAUUGAUGUGUGGAUGUAAACUGAAAACUCCGUGAAUAACCGAGCCCAUCGAAGGCCGAAGAAUUAGGAAAAUGCUGCAAAUUCUUCGGCAACUAUAUCAUUCCGAGAUGCAGCCCUUCCUAUAGUUCACUCCUAUAACCGAGAUUUGUCAGUUUGCAGUGGCUCUGAUUAUAGAUGUAUAUAUUUCAAGUGAUAUCCCGUAAUUUUGU